AUGUCUACAUCAACAGAUUCACGACGCUCUUCGCUCUUCUCACUAUGCUCAACAGCAGCUACUUCGGUACUAUCGGACGACUGUGACACGCUAUUGGAAAAGUCAGAUCCACAACCUUCUCCAGUUCUCAACUGGAAGCCUCUUCUCUUCUCAACAGCCUUCACCACAGUGACCUCCACACACCUCCACUUCACUGCCUUUCCACCUCGAGAUCUCAAGACACCUUUGUUCGAACGGCUCAGUACAAACGCCGCCGAAGCGAUGCUCUGCAACUUCAGAAUACCAUCAACAUUGAGCUUCUUCGCCCAACCUGGGUCGAAGGUCCGAUGCGUCGAUCACAUCCCAUUCCCUGCCAACCUGCCGUGUGAGCUUAUCCAUCUCCUGGGUACGCCAGACUGGGAGUACUUUCACAUCACCGAGAACAGCGUUCCCAUUGGACUCGCUAGCCUACAAGUCCCCUUAGACCACCAUGUCGCCAUCAGAGCACUUCGACAUGGGCUGGAACGAUACAUUUUCGGUCCGUCGGGCCUGUCUGUCCACUCUAUCUGCCAGGUUGAGGACGUCGGAAGUGCUUUCGAAGACUGCGUACCACGAGAGACGCUAUUCCUGCGCGAAGAGACGGAGACCGUCUGCAAUAAGUUCUUGAAACGCUGGGCACGAUCAAGCGUGGUGGCCGAGGUCGCAGCCGCGCAUCAGAGACUUCGAGAGGAAUGGGACGAGGCUGUAUGCAUGAGUUGGGAACGGAUUCGCACACAAGAGAAGGACUUGUUGGCCUGA